GUUUUGACCGAUGGCGAAGAAGAACACCAAGGACGAGGCGCCGAAUCCGAACGCCGUCGCCAACCGCGACAUCCUGCAGCGGCUCAACUUCCUCUACCAGGCCAGCGUCUACAUGAACAGCAUCCAGCCUCCCUCCGCCCACGCGGGCCCCUCUCAGAGUUCAAUCAAGCCCGAUGCGGCGGCCCCGGUCGCAGCGACGCCUGGAGAGGCUAGCGCGCCCUCACGCCCGGUCGCAACCAAGAAGCGGCGGCCGCGCCGGACGAUCAGGACGACCGAUCUGGCGCGGGAGUACGUGAAGGACAUGAAGCUCGUCGGGCGCAAGACGACGGUCCGGCUGGACCCGUCCGUGAAACGCACGAUCUGCAAGGGCUGCAACCUCGUCCUUCUCCCUGGGACGACCGCGCGCGUGCGUAUCCACGCAUCGUGCUCGCACGGGAACGCGAUCGUAUACACUUGCCUCUCCUGCCACAUGCUCCGCCGGAUACCCGCCCCGCCUACGCUCGACCCUCCAACAACAGCAACAACAACAACAACAGCGCUAUCAGAAGCCGCUCCCGGCGCGGCCCAUCACGAAGAUCCCCCGCAGUCUAUACAUGACGUCGAUCAGGCCAAAAACGACGCGGGCGUCGUCGUCGCCGUCGCGCCUUGCGCAGCCCCGGGCUCAUCUAUGAGCCACGCCGAGCGCGAGCGCGUGGGGACGAUCCGCCGCCCGAGGGGCAAGAAGCCGCGCGCGGCGCGGCCGCCCCCCCUGUUCCAACGCGCGAACGCCGGGCACGUCGUCUUUCGCGGCAACGAGCCGAUCACGGACCCGGACGCGAGCUAUCCGUGGGCGUAAAGUCCAUCACCUUGCACACACGAAGCGCACGAAUACGUGCCCCCGCCCCCCUCCCCCCGCGCGCUCUCUCUCUCUCUAUCAUCCUUCUUAACAAACGGAGAGGGGAAAAAAUAAAAACAACUGCCGCAGAUAUAAAGGACAGAAAAACGCGCUCGGCCAAAAAAAAACCGGGGUGGGGCUCGUCGUCUUCCUUAUUUUCCUACUCCUUGCCGGCAACGAUGUUGACGAGGAUCUCCUGAACGCUCCGCCUCGUCCACCGGCUCAGGUCCGGCGGCGGCUGCGCGGCGGGGAACGCCAGGCUGGCGAGGACCUGCUCCUCCGGGCUCGCGCGCGCGCGCAGCCGGUGCGCGAUCGCGAGCGGCACCGCGCUGCGCACGUCCGCCUCCGACGCAUCCAUCGCCCGCGCCGGGAGCGGGAGCGGGAGCGCGUCCCGGGACACCAGCGUGCGCGCCGCCGAGCUCUUCCCCGCCGAUCGCCGGUCGGGAUCGUGCACCGUCUGCGCGUCCUCCUCCUCCUCCUCCAUCUCCAUCUCCUCCUCCAUCUUCUCCUCCACAUCGUCCUCCUCCAGAUCGUCCUCCUCGUCGUGUCCGUCGUGCGUGCGAGGGGAGGGAUGGGGAUGUCGAGGACGGAUGCCGGUCGUGUCCCCGUCGAGGAGCCGCAGCGCGCGCACGACGUCCGCCGCGUCCUUGUGGGCGCGCACGGUGAGGAGCGCGCCGUCGAGCUCGGGGUGGUGUCGCGCGAGGGAGACGAGGUCGGCGAGGUAGAGGUCGAGCGUCGGGUGGACGCGCACGGAGGCGCGCAGCGUGCGCAGCGCGGCGAGAUCGGCGUGCGAGAUCGGCGGGCCGCUGCCGCCGGGGGAGGAGGAGGAGGGGGGAUCGUCGUCGGGGGCGUGGGCGGCGCCCGAAAUGGAUACGUGCGCGCAGACGGAGAAGCGGUCGAGCUGCGGGCUGGCGUCAGCGGGGAAGAGGAGGAGGGAGGAAGAGGGAGGAGGGAGGGAGGAAGGCGGAGGAAAGAGGAGGAAGGAGGAGGAAAGGGCAACUCACGAGGCCGGGGUGGAUCGCGGGCGGCUCGUGCGCGUCGUCUGGGCAGACGGACACCACCAUGAAGCCCGGCGGGAGAUCGCGCUGCGCGCCGUCGGGCGCGGCGAAAUGGCCGUCGAGGAGGGUCUGGAAGAGGCACCGCUGCGCGGGCACGCCGACGUGCUCGAGGCCGGUGAGGACGAGCGCGUCCGGGACCGUCGUCGUCUCGGUGGGCUCGGCUGGCGCGCGGGGUAUCACGGACGGCUCCGGGGGGGCGUGCGGGGGCGUCGGGCGGAGGGAGCCUUUGGUGGGGCCGUCGCGCGCCCGCGUGCCGAUGCUGCUCGGGUGCGAGGAGGGCCGGCGGAGGGCGCGCGGAGGCGAGAGGAAGAGGGCGCGCAGGAGGUCGGCCGGGGCGAGCGCGUGCCGGAGCUUGAGUUUCUGGGUGCGCAGGCCGAAGACGGUGGCGAGGAUCUGUAGAUUAGACGGAGGCGCGGGGUCAGCAGCGUCCCCUGCGCGUUAACACGUUGACGAUGGAUUCUCUCGCGUCAUCCGUCUGGACGGGUGGCGCAGGGGGGGGCGGUGCGUCAAGAAGUCAAUUAAAACUUGGGAGGCGCGCCAUCAAUCGAUAGUGGCUGGGUUGGCAGGGGUGGCGGACGUGCGGGAGGCGCAGGUCAUAGGAUACCAAACGCGUGCGCUGAGCGCUCGGAGGCACUGAACGGCUCGGAUCAGGCGCCUCAGACGUCUCAAUGUAUCAAAGGGCGUUAUGACACGAUCUGGCAGGAUGCAGUAAUCCGGGGUGUGUAUAGAUGCAGGCCGCACCUGGCCAGCCCCACGCUCGGUCCGAUGAUGGCGAAACCGAUACAGGGAACGCCGACGACGAAAGGCCGCAGCAUCAAAAGCAGCUGGUAUAUCGAGAAAGAUAAUAGAGAUGGGAGACUCACCGAAGAGGUUAAUCGGGCUACGGAGCUGAUAUCGGC